UGCUCUGAGCGGCAGAGUUCUCCUGGCAGCCAACAUGAAGGGUCUAGUCUCGUUCUGCUGCUUCCUCGCUGUGCUGGUCCUGGGGACAGCAGAAGAAGAGGAGGAAGACUUGCAGGAUGAAGAAUCAGGUGCCUCAGAGGAUCAGGAUGAGGAAGAGACUGCAGAGAAGAACACCUCUGAAGAAGAAGACAAAGAAUCAAAGACGUUGGAUGAAGAUUUAGUUGAAGAAUCAAAUUCUUCGGAGGAUAACGUAGAGGCUGCAGAUCAGGAAACACCAGAAGAGGAAGAUAAAGAAGAAAACUUAGAGGGUGAAGAAUCAACCACAUCAACAGGAGAAGAUACAGACUUAGAGUCUGAAGAACAUAGUGUAUCAGAAGAAGAAAAAGGAGAAGAGGCGGGAGGAGAGACCACGUCAGAGGAAGAAGAAAAGGAUGCCUCAGAAGAAGACACAGAUACUAGUGAAUCUGAAGAACAACAGCCUGAUGUAGGCGAGGGGGAUUCGACUGCAGAGGUGAUGGGAGUUGGAGAGAAUCCUGCAGAGGCCAAAGGGGAUGAUGCCGCUGAUACCUCCCUUGAGUCUGAGGAGCAAAGCGACGAGAGUGAAAGUCUAAACCGGGAAGAUGAGACUGACCCCGAGUCAGAAGGAGAGGAUAAAAAACAAGAUGAAGUCGGCCAAGCUUCAUAUAAAGCCGUCGAGCCAUUAGGUGAUGAUCCCAAUGCUGACAGGAGCACCCAAGAUCAUGAACGCUUGGGAGAAGCACCAGAGGACAACCAAGAAUCGACAGGAGAGCAAGAUGAGGAUAAUGUGCAGGAUUCCUCGCAUGACCAGGUGGAACUCCAGGAGACGGAGACCGAAAAUUAUGCCUCUGAUUCUAAGGGUGACACCAGCCAAGAAGAUGAUGAGAGUGAAGAGAAUCUGGAACCUGCAGAAGACUUAGAGACUCAGGAGGAGGUUGAGGAAGGACAAGGGGUUGAGCAAGAAGGGGAGGAAGAACAGCAAGAUCCUGCUCCAGAGGACAAAAGUGAUUCUGUGGAGGAGGUGGAGGGAGAAAGAGGAUCUCAAGAGUCUGAGGAGGACAACCCUGAGACAGCCGAUGAAAGAGACAGUGAAGAUUUGUCUGAUCAGACUGAAAGUCCUGAUGAUAAAGAAGUGUCUGAUUUGCAAGAUGUCAGUCCUGAAGGAGAAGAGGAGGAAGCUAACAGUGAAGAAUCCAGCGCAGAAAGCAUUGAAACAGAAGAAGAUGUCCCAAGAUCUCAGGAGGAGAAAGAAUCUGGUGAGCUGGGUCAGGAAGGAGGUCUGCCUGUUAAUGGUGAGGCAGGAGAAGAGGGAUCAGCGGGAGAGACAGACCCGGAAGACAUUGAAACCGCAACCUCUGAUCAACCAGCGACAGAAGAAUCUGCCGAGGAAAAAAACGAGGAGGGAGAAGAAAUAGAAGAAGCAUCUAUAGUGGAUGAGAAAGGCGACGGGGAGGGCCCUCAAGAUGUUGAUGUCAAACCAGAACCUGGAGACGCCACCGAGUCUGAGGACCGUUCGGCAACACAGAGAACAAAAUCUAAAAUACCCAAGUCAAGGUUAACAAGAGAAGAAGAGGAUGAAUUGUUGGCCUCUCUCCUUAGAGACAGAUCUCACAUUGAAGAAACACUCAGGCUGAAAGAGGACACCAAGUCAGACGACUACUCAGCUGCACUCCAGCGUCUACGAAAGAUCUACCACUCGGCUAUCAAACCUCUGGAGCAGGCCUACAGGUACAACGAGCUGAGGCAGCAUGAGAUCUCAGCUUACCCUGGACGAACGUUAGGUGCCUCAGCGACAGAUGGGGAGAUCACCUCCAAACCUAUGGUGUUGUUCCUGGGACCAUGGAGCGUUGGCAAGUCCUCAAUGAUAAACUACCUCCUGGGGCUGCAGGACACUCCUUACCAACUGUACACAGGGGCUGAGCCCACGACCUCCGAGUUCACAGUGAUCAUGCAUGGUGAGAAGAUCCGCUCCAUCGAGGGCAUCGUCAUGGCGGCCGACAGUUCCCGCUCCUUCUCCCCCCUGGAGAAGUUCGGACAGAACUUCCUGGAGAAGCUGGUUGGCAUCGAGAUGCCACACAAGAUGCUGGAGAGGGUCACCUUCGUGGACACGCCCGGCAUCAUUGAGAACCGCAAGCAGCAAGAGAGAGGCUACCCCUUCAACGAUGUGUGCCAGUGGUUCAUCGACCGCGCUGACCUGAUCUUUGUGGUCUUUGACCCCACCAAGCUUGACGUGGGUCUGGAGCUGGAGACGCUUUUCCGACAGCUCAAAGGGCGCGAGUCGCAGAUCCGCAUCAUCCUGAACAAAGCAGAUAGCCUGGUCACUCAGGACCUGAUGAGAGUCUACGGCGCCCUCUUCUGGAGCCUGGCCCCGCUCAUUAACGUGACUGAGCCCCCCCGCGUCUAUGUCAGCUCCUUCUGGCCCCUGGACUACGCGGCCGACACCAGCCGGGAACUCUUCAAGAAGGAAGAGAUCUCUCUGCUGGAGGACCUGAACCAGGUGAUUGAGAACCGCCUGGAGAACAAGAUCGCUUUCAUCCGGCAGCACGGCAUCCGGGUGCGCAUUCACGCCCUGCUGGUGGACCGCUACCUGCAGACCUACCGCGACAAGAUGACCUUCUUCAGCGACCCCGAGCUGGUCUUCCAGGAGAUCCUGGACGACCCGGACAAGUUCUACAUCUUCAAGUCCAUCCUGGCCAAGACCAACGUCAGCAAGUUCGACUUGCCCAAUCGCGACGCCUACCGUGACUUCUUUGGAAUCAACCCCAUCAGCAACUUCAAGCUGCUGUCCGCUCAGUGCUCCUACAUGGGAGGCUGCCUGCUGGAGAAGAUCGAGAGGGCCAUCACCCACGAGCUUCCGGGCCUCUUGGGGAGUAUCGCUUCAGAUAGGAACCCAUCUCUAUCAUCCUGCGAAGCCACAGGCUGCGGAGAGAAGCCCAAGAACCGCUAUAAAAAGCACUGAAGAGAGGGAGAGGAGGAGGAGAGGAGGAGGAGGAGGAGAGGAGGAGGAGGAGGAGCAGGAGGAGGAGAGAAGGGCGGAAACCUAGCUUUUCAGUUCACAAAAAAAUAGGAAACGCUGUGGCCGUGAAAAUCUGUAAAAAAACAAACAAAUAAAGUAGCAAAAAAACAAACAAUCUCCUCCUCUCUCCCUGUACAGUACGUGUAGCACAGGACUGGCAUCGACAUGAAAAUUGUGGGGGAAAAAAAAUAAUAAUAAAAAUUGAAAAAUAGAAAAUAAGAAAACAAAGACUUUCAGUCAGUACCAGCCUUUUUGUUAUGUAAUUUUUAUUUUAUUUUAAUUCAGGUGCCCAGAUUGUGGUCCUGUACGCUCGUCAGUAUGCUAGAGCUGUAACUUUUUGCAAAAGCAUCAAUAGAUAUAUCUGGGGUGUCCUUGUAAAUUCGGGUGAAGGGGUGGGUUACAGGGAUAUGGGUUACAGUUUCAAUCCCAUUCCACCCUCAUUCAUAUUCAAGGCUUCAGCCAAAUGACAGAACUGUACCCCGGUCACAUGACAAAGGACAAGGUGGACUUCAUCUGGAAAGCCAACUUUGUCAUGUGACAAGGGCUGUUGUUGAAUCUUAUCCAGGUUAAUCAGCUGUCUACUGUCAGGUGUAUCUGUACCUCUUUUUAUAUACGAGACUCAGCAGUAGUUGGUGUUGUAUUCGGGACAAACCCCCCCGUGCAUCUCUUUUGUUUGGGAUCUGUUUUAGUAGUUCUGCUUUGGGAACAGCAAGCACUGAGAAGGUCUUGCUUGUCACCUUCCAUUAGAAUCAAGAUGUAUCCAGGAUGAAACACAAACUGCGACCGCUGUUCAAUCUUGCAUUAAAAAAAAAUAUAUACAAAAAUGUAAGACCGUGUUUCAUUCUCACAGACCAGGUGGUACUAUUACUGCCUUUUUACAUCGACAAAGCCUGAGGAAUCUGUAGAAUCCCAGGUAACUGAUAGAAUUCCUCUGCAGGAUCGGUGGCUGAUGCAUUUAAAGGGGGGAGGCUUGCAUGCUUGACGAUUACCAGGGCCAUGUGGGCAGUGUGCGGUGGAGGAGAGGAGAAGGUCUGGGAGGGGAUAGGCAGAAACAGGAGCGCAGGCAGGUAUGUGCAUGAAAGGAAAAGGGGAGCUCCGUUUGUAAAUGUAAUUUAUUUAAAAAAGGGAAAGGUUGGUAAACGACUGAAGGUUGUCAGGUGAGCGUAAAGCUGUCCACGGAUCACACAGCUACUAGUGUACUGUCCCGUAAUCUCACUGCGUUCCCCACUCUCGUGUGCUUCCUGCUGUGUGUAUUCCACAGGUGUUCGUUUUCUUUCUUCUGGAGAGAAACUGCUUCUCGCCGUUUGUCUUCCUCUUCUUUUUCUUUUCUUUUCUGCCCUUUCUUCUCAUUUCUUCCUUUGCUUUGUCUUUACCUCCCCUCCCUCUUCCUUCAUUAUUUAUUCUUCUCUUUAUUUCUUUUCUCUCACCUUCCUUUCGUGCUUUUUUCUUUUAGUAAUCCACAAAUCUUCUUUCUUGAUUUCUUUAUUUUGUAUUCCUCAUUUUCUUUCUUCCUUCCUUCUGACCCUUUCUACUUUCCCUUUGUUUCUCGCUGUGUCUCUUUUAGAGAACCCCCCCCCCCCCCGUUCCCCCACCACACACACACACAUAAUCCCAACUGUUUCCAUAGAGAGAUCUUUCUUUCUUUCUUUCUUUCCCUGUUUCUUUGAUGUUGGGGUGAGCCGUUGUCUAAACCUUGGUGCUUCUGAACACUGGACAGUUUUCCUCGGAUCCUCAUCUUGUUGGCUCAGCUGAGACUUCUCGGGCACUGCUGCUGGAAGUAAAUGAUAAAAAGCCUAGAGGUGGACCUGUUUUAGCUGUAAACUGUGCUGCAGACUUGUGUGUGUGCAUCUGGGAAAACCCUAACCACUUACUGUUUAGCUCAGAAAGCAUUUUAAUAAAAGGUCAUGCUUUUCAAUGGUCA